AUGGCUGCAGGAGUCUUGCCUCAGAAUGAACCACCAUAUUCCACUUUGGUGAAUAACAGUGGGCAUGCUGAAAACAUAAAAGGCAAUUCAGGACGUCCAACACCGAAGUAUACAAAAGUCGGAGAGCGUUUACGGCAUGUCAUUCCUGGACACAUGGCCUGCUCCAUGGCCUGUGGGGGCAAAGCUUGCAAAUAUGAAAAUCCAGCCCGCUGGAGUGAGCAGGAGCAGGCCAUUAAAGGGAUCUACUCAUCCUGGAUCACUGAUAACAUCCUGGCCAUGGCUCGCCCGUCCACUGAGCUCCUUGAGAAAUACUGCAUCAUCGAGCAGUUUCGUAGCCAUGGCUUAAAAACAGUCAUUAACCUGCAGCGGCCUGGUGAACAUGCCAGCUGUGGGAAUCCUUUGGAACAAGAAAGUGGUUUCACAUACCUUCCUGAGGCUUUCAUGGAGGCUGGCAUUUAUUUCUACAAUUUCGGAUGGAAGGAUUAUGGUGUAGCGUCGCUUACCACCAUCUUAGAUAUGGUGAAGGUGAUGACAUUUGCCUUACAAGAAGGAAAAGUAGCUAUCCAUUGUCACGCAGGGCUUGGUCGAACAGGUGUUUUAAUAGCUUGUUACUUAGUUUUUGCAACAAGAAUGACUGCUGAUCAAGCCAUUAUAUUUGUUCGGGCAAAGCGUCCGAAUUCCAUUCAGACUCGAGGACAAUUACUGUGUGUGAGGGAAUUUACUCAGUUUCUGAUUCCUCUUCGCAACAUAUUUUCUUGCUGUGACCCCAAAGCACAUGCUGUCACCUUAACACAGUAUCUGACUCGCCAGCGGCAUCUACUGCAUGGUUAUGAGGCGCGACUUCUGAAACACGUGCCAAAAAUUAUCCACCUUGUGUGCAAAUUGCUGCUCGACUUAGCUGAGAACAGGCCCGUAGUGACAGAAGUGGUAGAAGCACCUGGCCUCUUGGUGGAAAUUGAGAAGACCGUGUCUGAGGUGGUCACACAGCAGCUGGACAGAGAGUUACUGAGGCACGACAAUGAGGCAUCGGACUCCUUCACUCCCACUGCAGUGGCAGUGGAUGUUGAGACUCAGGAUAGGAUUUUUUCCAGUGAGCAAGAGUUUGACCCUCUUUGGAAGCGACGGAAUGUAGAGUGCCUUCAGCCCCUGACUCACCUGAAAAGGCAGCUCAGCUACAGCGACUCAGAUUUACAGAGAGCUGAGUCACUUUUGGAGCAGUCAGGGACCCCGUGGACAGCAUCUGCUCAGAUCUCAUUCUACAUCCCUAAGCAACGGACGCCUAUAGGCCACUGUGACACCCCACAGACUCCACAGCUUGAUUUCAAUAAGGACAUGCUGGUCCACAAUACAUUUUCUUUCUGGAAUCCAAUUAAAUUUGGAGGCUUAGAACGACUCAAAGAUGACGGGUCACCAAUUUCCCAAAGGAAGAAUAUUCCAAAGGAAAUACAGCGGAGUAAAACCUUCUCUUCAGGUUCGUCCAAUCCUGGGGAACCAGUUACACCCAAUGUUGCAGAUAUCCUCAAGAAACCACACUGUUCUCCCCAGCAAGGGGCCCCGUGUCAGUGUGAAGUUCAUGGUGGCUACAGCAGUCCUGUGUACUAUGGCUCCAGCCCCAAAGCACAGUCCUCGGUUGGACCUAAAACACAGAGCAGCAAAGAUGUGCCUGAAGUCACUCCACACACUGCUCUACAGUCUGAAUUGAGUGUUGAAGAAAGGAGAAUACUAGCGGCCAAAGCCCUGGCAAACUUAAGUGAGUUUGCAGAAAAGGAGGAAGUGAAAAGGAAGGUAGAAAUGUGGCAGAAAGAGCUAAAUUCCCGAGACGGAGCUUGGGAAAGAAUAUGUCAUGAGAGGGAUCCUUUCAUCCUGUGCAGUUUGAUGUGGUCGUGGGUGGAGCAGCUAAAGGAGCCUGUGAUAACCCAAGAGGAUGUGAGCAUGUUGGCUGACAGAUGUGCGGAUGCUGCAGAUGCACUGUUUCUAUUAGAGAAGGGCCAGCACCAGACUAUCCUCUGUGUGUUGCACUGCCUGGUGAGCCUGCAGCCGGUUCCCGUGGAUGUGGAGGAAGCUGUCCUGGCCCACGCCAUCCAAGCUUUCACCAAGGUUAAUUUUGAUUCUGAAAAUGGACCAAUAGUUUACAACACCCUAAAGAAAAUAUUUAAGCGCACACUUGAAAAAAGAAAACUGACAAAAGACAGCCUUACGCCUGGUGUUUAG